AUGCUCACAGCAGUAACAACUGCAACAGGAAAUUCGGCUGGUGCUAAACUGAGGUGCUUGUACACGAAUGCCCAAAGCCUCAUAUCGAAACUAGACGAACUAAAACUUUGCCUUGUUGAGCUGUCUCCAGAUGUUUUAGCAGUAACUGAGACCUGGCUGUCCGCGAAUAUUAGCGAUAACGAAGUAGCCUUGCCUGGAUACCAAAUUUAUCGACGGGACAGGGAACAUCGUCAGAGUGGUGGUAUCGUUGUGUAUGUGAAUGACGGUCUGGCAGUGUCGGAUAACACCACCAAGUUUGCGUGCAGUACGGAAGCUAUCUGGUUGACCAGCAAGGCUACCGGUUCCCCGUGUCUCGAUGUCCUUACUGUCUACCGACCACCUAGGACAGACCGAAUCGCCAACGCUCAACUAUUGGAGCAGUUGGAUAAAUUUUCCAGUCGACCUAACACCAUGAUCAUGGGCGACUUCAACGCACCAGGAACAAACUGGAAUACCCUCCAAGCGUCAGGUCCAAAAUCGGCAUUCGAUUACCGCCUGUUGAGCAAGACAUUAAAUGCGUGCCUCACACAACAUGUAAUGUUCCCAACGAGAACACGUGAAGGACAAAGGGCAAACUGCCUGGAUCUGGUCUUUACGAAAACACCAGACAGCAUAGACGAGAUCGCCUCCAUGCCGCCUCUUGGCCGAAGUGACCACGUAGUGCUUAUGUGGGAUUAUUCGUUAUUCUCCAUUUCACAUACUCCAGACCACAAAAGGCGUAAUGUUUGGCGGGGCGACUUCAAUCAUAUGAGGGCAGACUUAUACGGUCUUGACUGGGGCUCUUUGUUUACGGGAAGUGCCAACGAUGACUGGGAGCUGUUCAAGAAUGUCCGUCUGUUGCUCAUCAACAACCACUGCCCGCUGACUAGUGUAAGACUGAACAAACGCCCUGGGUGGCUAAAUUGCAACCUUAAGAAAGAAAUCAACAGGAAGCACAAAUUGUGGAGAAAAUACUGCGUCACUAGACAAGCUGAAUGCUUCAACACCUACAAGACACAGAGGAACAAACUGAGGAAGCUGAUAAUGCAGACGCGGCGAGAAUUCGAGAAAAACUUGCUACAAAAAGCAACGCAGAACCCAAAAUUGCUCUAUAGCUACCUCCGACGAACUACAAGGAACAGGCAUCAAAUCCCUUUGAUAAAGACUACCGAUGGCGUUGAGAUCGCCGAUAGUAGGGAUAAAGCUGCGUAUUUUUCACGGUUUUUCCAAUCAGUCUACACAAACGAGGCAAGGUUCCUUCCUCCCUCCACAGAAGAACUGCCGACUCCAAGCAUCAGUGAUAUACUCUUCUCAGAAGGCAUUGUCCGAAGAGAAUUAGAGGCAUGGAACGAAUGGAAGUCGCCAGGAUCAGACCAGAUUCCACCCAAGCUUCUCAAGGAACUUGCCAGUGAGCUCUCUGUGCCUCUGUCGAUGUUCUUUUAAACGUCAUUUGACACUGGAAUACUUCCUGUCGAUUGGAAGCUGGCGCAUAUUACUCCGCUACACAAAGGAGGUAACAGGGCAGCGACGACAAAUUGCCGGCCCAUAAGCUUGACAUGCAUUCUCUGCAAAGUUAUGGAAAGGAUCAUAAAGACUGAACUGAUGCAAUUCCUGGAAGUUCACGGCCUGCCAUCGAAAUGCCAACAUGGGUUCCGAAAAGGAAGAUCCUGCACGACAAACCUGCUGCAAUCUCUGCAGAGCUGGACCCGAGCUCUCGACGACAGGCACGCGGUCCACAUAGCCUUCAUGGACUUCCAGAAGGCUUUCGACACUGUGCCACACCAAAGGCUGUUACAUAAGCUGAAAAAAAUAGGGAUCGGUGGCAACUUCCUUACAUGGAUCGAAAACUUCCUUGUGGGUCGACAGCAGGUUGUGUGCGUCGGUCGGGGAAAAUCAGAUCCGGCUUUGGUCGAUAGUGGUGUCCCCCAGGGUUCAGUACUGGGACCCAUUUUGUUCCUUAUCUACGUGGACGAUGCCGCAAGAGAUUUAGACUGUGAAGUAGCAAUGUUUGCGGAUGACAUGAAGAUAUGGAGUGUAAUUCGGGGUCCUGCCGAUGAAGACAGACUGCAGAUGAACCUGAAUCGGUUGGAGGAGUGGUCAAACCGUUGGCUCCUGCGGUUCAACGUUGCCAAAUGUAGCAUACUUCGCCUAGGCAACACAACCAGAUCCGCCAGCACAAGAGGCUACUUUCUGGGCGGUGCAGCCCUACAAGAGGUCGAAGCCCAUAGGGACCUCGGUGUGCUGACGACGAGUUCCCUAAAACCAUCCGCCUACUGUUCGAGGGUGGCAAAAACCGCAAUGUCCGUACUGUACGCCAUCAAGCGUGCGUUUAUGGACUUUGACGAAGAAGCUUUCUCUAAGACAUUCGGAACAUUCGUCCGGCCGCAUUUAGAGUACGGCAUACAAGCUUGGAGGCCGUGGGCUGUUGUGGAUCAAAACUGCCUCGAAAGAGUCCAGAGGAGAGCCACGAAGAUGGUUAGGGGUCAAAGCUCCUUUCCUUAUGCGACCCGCCUAGUAAAUCUGGACCUCUUUCCUUUGAGUUACAGGCAACUUCGCGGAGAUCUCUUGCUAGCCUUCCGCAUUGUAAAGGGGUUGGAUUGCAGUCUGGCCUUGGAGGACUUUUUUGAAUUUGCUACCACGACCAACCUCCGAGGUCACCCGUUAAAACUGCGCACUCAGCAGGCACGGCUGGAUGUGCGGAAGUUCUUCUUCUCGGUUCGCUUGGUCAAACCAUGGAAUGAGCUUCCCGCAGAUGUUGUUUUUUCAUCAUCUAUACAAAGUUUUAAGAAGAAUCUGGACAUGUUUAUGUUCCGAAAUGACCAAGAGCGAUGAGAAGUCGAGCUCACCCCCUGUAACUCCUUCUCAUUUUGUCCCACCAUUAUAGGCGUGUUCGAACUAUUUCAGCCCAGAACAUCUAUCUGUACACCACACAUUUUUUACGUUGCAAAUAGGGUACUCAAAGGCUAACGCCUAUUUCCCUCAAUAAACUGGACUGAACUGAACUGAACUUAUGUCGUUUGGUCUAAAUAUAGUUUAUCUUAGCGGUUAAAUGCAUAAUUGGAAGCAAGGAAUUGUUUCUGCAUCAAUCCGUAAUGAGGUUUAGCCAGGGCCACACCUAGCCAUACUGUGGCCCAAGGGUAAGACUGGGUCCCGUGUUGGCAGGAAUAGCAUCUUUCCCUGCCAGCACCAGCCCCGCCUAGCCCCGCCUGGCCCCCUCAAUAAUGGCGGGGCUAGAGGGGGCUAUGAGGGGGCUAGGCGGGGCUGUGGAGGGGGCUGUGGCGGGGCAUGCACCGCGAUAGCCCCGCCUGGCCCCGCCAGCGAAAAAAAAUGCGCAGGGGACGCCACAUCCCAGCCCACUUUUGGCACCACUUUAAAAUAUCGUCCCCAUUGUCAAAUAUACGAAUUAAUAACACAAACAGAUUGUAAACCGGUGGACAAAUAAGAGUUUAAGCAAUGAGGGACUCAAACAAAACCUCAAUAUAUUGUGCUCAUCCGCAGCUACAUUCAGUGGGCGUAAACGGAUGCUUUCUCCAUGGUUUAUAAGCCAAUUUUGAUAAAUUAGCUCCUUUAAAUUCCAAAGAAGGUACAAUAAGUGGUGCUUUUGGAACAUAUCUUUCGAUGCAAAUACGCUUCAAAAGGUUUCAAUCCAGAGGGGGCUCUGGCCCCGCCCAGCCCCCUCCAGCCCCGCCUAUGAAGGAGCCAUGUGCUGGCAGGCGGGGCUCUGGCCCCACCCAGCCCCUUCCAGCCCCGCCUAUGAAGGGGCAAUGUGCUGGCAGGGUUGCGAUUUAGCAACGACACUGUGAAGAAAAACGAUGAGGGCCUAGGGAUCAUUUCUUAUACAAACAGUUUUUGCGAGUGAUCGCAAAAGUGAAGAACAAAGGAAGCAAUGCAGUAUUUUAUCAACAAGCGUGCUCGUAUGUUUGACAGGCGGUCGGUGCAAAAUCGCGAACCUUCCGUCAGUUGAGCAAGCCGAUCUUAAAUAUUAAGAUUCGUGGUAACCUCUGCGGAAAAGUAGACUUUUUUUCGUCAUAAUCAAACAUUUAAAGUUACUCUGGUUGAUAAUUUUCUCUGAACAAAUGUACGAUCAGCAAACGUAAUUCUUUAGUCUUGGAAAACCACACGACUAUCUUUUACUGAUGCAGGUGCGACAGACUGACUAAGGGUAUUACCUAACAGAGUAAGUUCUUAACUCCCAUGGCCUCAGUCAAACAAGGACAUUUCCUGUAGUUUCUACCCACAUUGAACCUCAAAAGAUCGUCACGUCUGUCAACAGGUUAGCACCAUCGUACAGGCUCCUAGUUAUUUUCCGCUAAUGCCGUUCGACUACAAAAGAUAUGUAGUUAAUCUACUGCUAACGUCAGUAAACUGAGUGUUGAGAAAGCAAUAGCCUCCUUGUGGCAGUGCGAGUUUGUCUAAGGUUCCGAAUUAUGGAGCUAUAAUUGUAGCUCACCAAGGCAAACGUAAUGUCUAGGACAACUGGGAACUCGCGCCAACACACUGGUUUUGUAUUGUUACGUUGCAAGCAGAAGUCCACUGCGAGUCUUUCAGCACUUCAAACACCGAGGUGUGCCUAUCCUCCAUCAUCUAUAUUGACAUAGACUUCGGAGUUUAUCCCCGAUACUUUGAAGGCAAUCGACAGUUUUCAUGAAAACUCAGUUUUUACGUGUUCACGUGUCAUGGAUACCAGUAUAGCGGUGUAGUACAUAUGGAUUCUCAAUAAUCUGGUGUUUUAACCAUAGUGGACACCUUAGUUAAAAAGUAUUAGUUCCAUUCUAGAAGUAGCAUUGUAUUUAGAAUGAAAUUCCGUCCGCGGCCUUCAUGCUCUUGGUCUUUUUUAUCAGGUUCAGUGUGUGGACGAAAAUAAUAGGCAAGUUUAACCACCCGAAUACCUCUUGAAGAGUUCCGACGACAUCGUUCUCCCGGCUGUUUCAUUAGGGAUCAUUUAGUUGAUCCACUACCCAUUUUGUGAAGAAUGCUGAUCAAAGGUUUAGCCCAGACACUUUCAUGCCCAGUUUCGUUCAAUAUCCAAAAAUGAGGCUAACGGUGCCAUUGAAGCACUUUCUCAAAGCCCAUUCUUUGGUCGAGGCCAUGUGUCAUCUGUUAAACCAGGACGAUAUCACCCCUUUGUUUCGAUAAACACAAAGGGAAUAUAUUAAGACAGUUCGCUCUUUUGAAGUAAAGUCGUGUAUUGAAACUUUUACCAUCUCUGUCAGCCCACACCGCACUUCCCCAGGAUUUAUUUCGUCUCAUGCGAGUCAUGAUCGUCACGCCUGUGUGCUAUGUUGAAAGCAUGGAGGAACGAAAGUGUCGCACAUACGCCGAAAUAGUCUGCAUUGGGAUUUACAGACGUACUUGUUACAGUGCACAGUAAUCCACUGUCGUUUUCCAUAGUCUUGACUCAGUGAAGCGAUGGGCUCAGUAUCUUCCCUAGCCAAAAUAUAAAAAUCUUCUUUACGAAGACGGUAUGAUAAUUUGGGUGCAUUUCGGGUAAUAUGGCCUCAUGCUGUUGCCUAGAUGAUAUUCGUUCGAACGCAGAUGGAGGACCGCGCAUUGAAAUCAAACAACCGUCAUACAAGUCAGUUCCACAACCGAUGAAGAUAAUUUUGAAGAGCUGUCUGGGAAACUUGGGCCUCUACUGACUUGCAAAAUCCUAGAACAUUGACAAGCAGAAGCUUAACGUCGGUCAAGUUAGCGGCGACUGUUAUUAACACACAGAAUGAAGAGAAGGGUCUAGAGAAAUGACGCCAGCGUCACACCACUUAUCGUGUUUUACAGUGCGAUUGAACUUUUCAGGCCCAGACGUGCAGUUUUACUUCCACAAGAAAUGAUUAUAUCCAGUUUGGAGGCUUUCCUCUGAUGCCAAAAGGGCUCUGCAUGCGCACAAACGGUGAUUUGGGACGCUACCAAAGGCUUGGCGAAAAAUCGAAGCCUUCUUCCACAUCCUUACUCCAGACUCCACAUAAAAGUCAGUAGAUGUGGAAGCUGGGGCGUCGUCAACGAAUCCAAUAUUUCGAGCUCCGUAACGUAUCAUCUUCAUCUCUAAAUUGUGCCGAAUAAGGACUUCUACUAUUCUGCAAAAACAGUUUGGACCUAUUAGUUGAUAAUAUCCUUCUCUGUCUAUUUAUAGAUCAAUAUGAGGCGAAGUAAUGGCGACGUUCGUCUUUUAGUUCGCUCAAAUCUUACUUCACACGAUUGGCCGCAAAGAUGUUUACUGUGUACCAGAGUACUAUGGGCUGGCAAUCUUGUACUUUUAGAACAGUCUACUGUGGAUUCGAAAUCGAAAUGAUUAAUCAAACCAUAAUAGUUAUGCAACCUUAUAGCACAUCAGUGCACUCUGAUAAGUUGAAUGUAACAUUACAUAGCCCCUUUUAACUUGCUGUUCACAGGAUACUCGGAUACUUUUCAAAUUUAAUGAGUAAUAACUAUCUUUCGCAACAAGCGAUUGGACCAAACAGGCACAAAGUAUAUUAGACUGAGGAACAGAUGUAAGAUAGCAACCGAAAUUCACCCUUGAGUUAUUUGAAAAAAACUAUACAAUACGUCUCCCACUUUAUGUUCUUAACUCAGAGUUUUCAUCUUGUGCUUCUAUAUAUAACUUCGCGUGGCUCCCUUUUUCAUGAUCGCGUACUUUGUGUUAACAAGAAAGCGGCUGUCAUGGCGCUGCUCAUCUGCUAUAGGUUAAUGUACGCUUUUAACACCACACGGAUCAGACAGAGUUAUCCAAGUCGAUUGUAGACACUUCGCGACGGGAUCAAUGUAGUCGAGUGUCAGUGAAGAUGGCCGGCGUCACCUCUUUUACUGUCACUGACAUCACUGUCGCUCUCCCCCGCCAUCAGCAUCCUCUCAGCCGUUCACCUACUUCCACGCCCUUCCUUGUGGUUGUCCGCAGCGUUGAACUCCCAGGUCAUCUAUCAGACAGUUCGGAACCACCACUCACACGGGAUUGAUCACUUACAACUGUGGCAUAAGUCUUUCAUGUACUGUGGGACAUAUAUUACUUUUCAAUUUGUGUAUUAAUUGUAGCAUAGUUCUCAUCUAUUCCAAUACCUUUUCCUUACAACGUCCUAAUAGAUGUAUCUGAUGCGGUGAAUAACGAUUCCGUUAAGUGGUUCCAUAAUCGUAAAACUGCCCAGAGCGCUUUAUUUAACUGAGCGUGUCGUCUCAGCGUCUCCGUUCGUUACUAUCUGGUUUGUUGGCAAACCAUACAUUUUAAGCAAACACUAUCCGCCUUUACGUCAGUGUUACCCAGAUUGACAAAGUCUGCCAUCGGGCCAGUGGAAUACCCUAUACGAUAAUUAGUCUAUCCUGAAACAAUUCAUUGUCAAAUGGUCCGAUUUUCAGCACCUUGUGCUUCUGGUAAAUGCACACAAUACAGACAGGAAACAGCCUCGGCCGACAAACUAACACAUUUAGUGUUUAUUUAAAACCCCCUUUCAUAUAUUCAGGAUUACUCUGCGAAUUGCACUGUGUUUUUUAUUUUUUUUAGUCUGGUACAUAUUAAAAUCGGCGCAGUCAUUGCAUGGCUUCGAUUAUCUGUGGAAAUAUUGGUGCCCGUAUAAGUGCUAAAAAACCAAUAAUAACUGUUACUGAAUUAAAUUAGUACAAAUGCGAAUAAAACUAAAGUUAUCGAAAACCUCUGAGUCUGACGGUUUAACGUGCGAAUUUGGCACCACACGGUCGAGUCCACGUUGUUAUUAGACCUAAGUCCAGUCACCGGGGUAAAAUACCUUUACAAAACUAUGUCUUAAUACCACUUUCCUUGAGUUACUUGCGAACCGCCAGGUACAACACCUGAACGUAUCAAUUUGCCGAGCGAGGUCGGGAGUGAGUGUGCGUGACUGUACAUACAACGUCAGCACGAAAUUUCGUCUGCGUGCAAAAUGCUAGUCACCACACUUUUUUUCAAAUCAUGCGUGCUGACUUGGCUCAUUCCGAAAACAGGCGCACAAGCAAUCCGUGCCGAACUGGCCUUUGUUUCAGGCAUUCAUGCCCACCCUCAGACUUUCGGCAACAGAACCCGAGAUCCGAGUGCGAAAAUAUACACGCCUCGACGGCGUCCACAGGUCGCAAAAGUACAUCUCAAUAGCGCACUGUCAAGCAUUCCUUGUUCUACCAAAACGGUCAAGAUAAGGGAUACCGAAGCUGGCACCAGGCUGCGCACCCGACUGUAACUGAUCUUUCAAUGUCAUUUAACACUUGCUCAUGGGACAGUCAGACAGUAUGCAAUGCAGUUUCCUGUCUUUGCAAAAAUACACUCGCAUACCACCGAAGCUAUCUUAAACUGCAGUGGAGCAUGCUAUCUUUUUGUAUUUUUCUCGACUGUGCUCAGUACGGAGGCAUACACGGGGGACAGGGUUAUGACAUCCCGCGGAUAUCAUUUUCAUCUUGUACUGACCGCGAAGCUAACAGGAUUGGUCUACUUUGUCCUUUCAGGGUGCUGUUGCAUGUUCGAGUCUAUUUGCAGGACUUCUUCAUACAGCACCUCUUACCUGAUAUGGAACAGUUUUUGUUUAGACUGCCGCGCCUGACACGGGAAUGGGGGACUCCCCGCAGUACAGGUGGGCUCGCGCUAAAUUCUAGGGGGUUCCUAUGCCUGUGUCCUAAUACCAACCCCAAAUCCAACUUCAACACGUAUCCUAACCCUAACGGCAGUCCUACCGUCGUGAAUGACGGAGUCAACCAUGUGCUCCACAGCAGGCUGAUAGCAGGGACGGUGCCUAGUGCGUGAUUUCUUCUAUAAUGAUAGCAGACUUGCGCAUAAUCUACCACACUCUCUCCUCCUCCCCCACCUGGGCCCGCUAUCAAAACAGUCAAGAAGACCGCUGGCGAAAGGGAGCGCAGGUGGCUGACACGGCCGGACCCGCACCUGGGCGUACCGCCACACUCCCUGGUCCACAACAAACAAGGGGUCUCCGUAGUACAGGUGGCCUCAAUGGAACACCUAUUCCCGUGUCCUAACCCUAACCCUAACCAUACAGCUGCACACGGUCAUUGCGUGGUUAUAUGGCAAGACAAACUGUUCAAUCAGCGAUCGACCUAGAGAGAUAAAACCUGAUAGGUAACAUGAAACAUGGGUCUAGUAUGCGGGUGCGCAUGACGAGGGGGGAGGGGGAGAGAAGUCAUCUAAGCAUGCAAGUUAGGAUUACAGUGAUAACUUACCAGGCGUUAUUAAAAGUGCAACGCGCGGGCAGCAUUCAGUCAUACCGGGGAGGGGGAGGGGGGAGGUGGGGGCGAAAUGAGAGGUCGUAUAUGGGAACAGGGUUUCGCCCAUUAUCGAUCCUUACCAUGGUAGCGCCAGGUUUAUCACGUGGUCCAGCUGCUUACAGAGUCCUUGUUUCCGCCUCCGUAUUGCAGCCGCCUCUGCAAAGCGCAAGAGACGCGGGGUCGUCGCCCGAAUUAGGACCUUGAAUUCGACCUUUCGGUCCACCGUAUGGCCUGUGUCCACUAGGUGCUUUGUAAUUGAGGUCCUGGAUACCUUUUUUCCGCCUUAAGCAGCCACUUCAACAUGUGCUCAGCUGACCGAACUGCCUUUGCGUGCGCCCAAUGUACUUGCAUCCGCAACUACAUGUAAACUCAUAAAUACAGUUUGAUGUGGCGUGCAUAGGCAAAAUUUCUUUAGUUGGUCUAACUGGAAUCGCUUUUGUAGUGCUUAUAAACAACAAGUUAGAGGCGGCAUACGUCCUUUCAAUUGUGCGCCGAGGUCGUCGUUUGAUCACGUUUGACACAUCACCCUUGAAGGGGUGGUAGAUGGUCGCUGGCUUUUUUGGUACAGAUAUUUCGUCAGGAAUUCCUUGUCUGGGAUGGUGAUAUUUAUUGAUGAAUUUCUCCGGCUACCCGUCCGCAGGAAAAACGUUCUUGAGGGAAUUGAGUUCGUCAUCAAUCGUAUCUGAGGAGCAGAUUCUGGUGGCUCUGUUGAACAGGCACAAAACCAAGUUCCGUUUUCUCUGAAUUGGGGCGAAACUGACGAAGUGCAUGCAUUGUCCUUUCCAUGGGGGGCUUUUCGGUAGAUGGAUCCCUGAAUAGAGCCAUCUGCCCGCCUACGUACAAGAAUAUCCAGGGAAGGCAGUGUGUCGUUCUUUUCAUGCUCAAUCGUAAAUUUGAUCUUUGCAUGUGCUUUGUUCAGGGCCUUGAGUAGUAGUUCUCUGUCGCCCGGGCUUUUGACUAUGACGAAAACGUCAUUCACACAUCGCCUAUAGAAUGAGGCUCGUUGUAAGUUCUGGGCUAGUUGUCGCUCGAGAUUAGACAUGAAAAUACUCCCUAGGAUUGGCCCCAAUGGACUGCCCAUAGCUACACCGUCGAUCUGUCGAUACAGCCACCCGUUAGACAAGAACUGUUCAUUCUUUGUGCAUAUCUGUAGUAGUUCCCGCAGUCGCUUUGGUGACUGGUGUGUUUCACCCGUAUGCUCAAAAUUAUGUCGAUUGUUUCAUCCAGUGGCACAUUUGUAAACAGGCUCUGCACGCCAGGCGAGAUCGUGUGCUUAUUCAGUAAAUUCUGAUUCUUUAGCUCAUCUGCGAAGGUGACAGUAUCUUCAGUAGUGCAAACGGCAAGGUUGUGUCUGAUUGGUUCGAUAUGUUGGAAUAACCAUUGGGCAAGUUUAUAUUGAGGCGAAUUCCUCAUUGAUAAAAUUGGUCGUAAUGGUACCCCUGGUUUGUGCAAUUUUGGCAGUCCAUAUAGUACGGGAAUAUGCGAACCUACAGGCCUAAGACACGCAGCCAUGUUUUCGUCUAUUAUUUGCUUUUCAAGUAACUAUUUUACCUUUUUCCCAAUAAGGUUUUCUAUUGUUCUUGUUUCUUCCUCCUCGUGGGUUUCCGAGGAAAAUUUUCCGGAGUCACCCGCUAUCGCUUCCAUCUUUCUCACAUAGUCAGUCUUGUUUAGGAUCACGACACCGCUUCCUUCGUCAGAUCUUGGGAUGAUGACUUUAGCAGUCCUACGAAGGUCAGUUAGGGCCGAGAGUUGUUGUCUAGUUAGUAGUGAGCGUUGCGUAGUCGGAAAAGUUCGGUAUCCUAUGAAGACUUACUUCAACUGCAUAAUGAAUAAGUUUGCUAUCAGUUUUCCCCAGUAUUGGCUGAAAUAGAGUAGAGCGACACAAGAAUCCAGACUGCACCUUAAUGAAGGACCUCUUACUUAGUCCGUACGCCAUUCUGGAAAUGCAAGCGAAGGCGGUAUGUUUGAGUCAUAGCAGAUAGAAGUAGAAUGAGAAAUGGAAUACGGUUAGCUUCAUAAAAGGGGAACCGGGAUAACACGAAAAACGUGAUACAGCACUCUUUCAGUCCCAACCUGAGCUAAGCAACCUACUAAUGAAACUUCGAGAACUUGAAACCAGCUUUUUAUGAUGUAUACGUGACGAUGGAUAUCAUUAGGCAGCCGAAUUCCUUGAAUUUACUGCAUGCAACAAUAUAAAAUAGACGAAACACGUGUUUGAGUUUUUAGCUUACACUGCCUGUAAACAAAAUGUGAACAUGAUACAGAAAUUCCACUGACACUGAUCGAUUUGAACUCAAUCAUACAUACUAGCCUUCAAAUCAAAUCGGGGAAAGUUUACGACUAAGAAUUUUUAACAAGGUCGCCCAAUAAUUUCGGAGGAAAUUAAUGAUCCAAGGCAGCGUGCAUCCUGAACAGAAGUAACGCAGAGGUGGCAUUUUCUGGAGAAAUCGAGUUUUUCUCGGGACUUUUCAAGCUGGCGAUGUCAGCAGGUCAUCAAAGAUGAGGCACAGUAAGAGGCGAUCUAUUCACACUAGAGCAUUUGUGAAUCUAGUGCUUACAUUAGGCAGACAGAUGUGCGCUUGUGGUACAUCUUCGUACCAACUGCAACACCCGGACUACACCAGUUGCUGUCUUCUCACUCAACUCUGCCGACAACUAAAACUGACCGCACUCACGAACCCCCACCACCACUCUCCUUCUCCACUGGCUCAACAUCCGAUACGGCGGCUCCUGUACCCACCGCCACUGCACACAACCCUGACACACCAACAAGCAUUAACUACCCCACCGUCAACGCCAGCGAUGCGGUCUCGGUUCAUACAUGUUCUCAUUGCAACCGCACCUUCACCUCACACAUCGGCCUGAUCGGUCACUUGCGAAUCUAUCGCACAGAGACUGGCAAACCAGUGCCUGGAGCACCAACAUACACCAGACGCAUUCACCUCCACUAUCCACACUACCCUCGCACAUUUAAUCGCCGCCUGAGCCUAUCGGGUCACAUACGUAUCAACGAGAGCGGAACUGACCGCAGUCUCGACGCACCUAGUACCUCCUGCACAUCCACUAUGCCUUGCUCAACCCCCACCCCGCCGCCCAGCACGCCCGCCACCACCAGCUCAACCACACUCGACACAUCCUACGCACCCACCAUGCCUAACCCAACGCACGCAUCGUCGCCCAGCUUGUCCACCCUCAACAGUUCCACCACCGCAACUAUCUCCGAAACCGACACUGACACUGCCGACUCUUCCUCCCACACUGUCCCCGUACAUUCACCUCACACAUCGGCCUGGUCGGUUACUUGCUAA